GUCUGCGCAUGACACACGGAGUCGAACAAACCGAUUUAUUUAAUACGAAGUCAGUCCCAGUUUGUGUGGAAUGUUUACAUGAAUUGUAUUUAAUAUAAGAUGCAAUGUUUUGUUUCGGUUUAAUAUUAAAUUAUUGAUUAGACUGCGACCAACUGACAUCAGCUUACAAAAAAUAUAUAACGUUAUACCAUAGCAGGUUGUCCAAUGCCUUCUAGCUCUUGAAGAAGGGGGUUUUUGCAAAGCGAUUUGUAACUUAUGCGGAUUAACAGAAUUAGAGCAAAUGUUUUGUAUUUCAUUUUACACAUUCACAUAUGGAUACUUUUAACUCAAAAAACGGUACUUCCUGCGUUGCUAGGCUCCUCCGGAAGCUGCCGUUUGUUUACACGUUUCAUUGCAUACAUCGGCGCAUGAAUAAAGCAUCUGACGAAGAAACUAAGCAGCGGUGUGAGUGUGAUUUCGUUUUUUAAAGGGCAACAAACAACGGCGUUUAAACCUUAUUUUAGAUAUUAUGUUUAUAGUUAACGUAACUCUGCAUCUCACAUGCUGUGCGUAACCAGUCCCGAAAAUAACAUUAGCGUUGACAAGUCAAACUGUUCAUCAAAAUGCCUUUAUUUGGCAACGCAUUCAGUCCCAAAAAAACUCCUCCUCGGAAGUCUGCUUCUCUUUCUAAUUUACAUACAUUGGAUCGGUCUACACGGGAGAUAGAAUUAGGUGUGGAGUAUGGAGCCCCAGUAAUGAAUAUUGGUGGCCAGAGCUUAACAUUUGAAGAUGGACAAUGGAUCUCAGAGUCGGCAGGCAAUGUAUCAGGAAAAGAUCUUCAGCGGUUGAAGAAGAGAAAUCUACAGUUGGAAGAGGAAAAUAAUCUUCUUAAGCUAAAAAUCGAGGUUCUUUUUGAUAUGCUUUCAGAAACAGAAGUAAAAACACAUCUAAUACAGAAGGAACUUGAAGAUAUGAAGAAUAAUUCAAGAAGAAGAAAGUGACGGAUGUGUAAACCCUUUUUAAAGAUCCCUUUUGUACCUUUUAUUGUGAUCCGAUUUUUGUAUUUUAAUCAAAUGUACAUUGUCUACUUCAUGGCUAAUUCUAUAAUUAAAAAAAUACUUGGGUUGA